UCCACCCACCUCAGAGACAGAGAGGAGUAGUCCACCCACCACAGAGACAGAGAGGAGGAGUCCACCCACCACAGUGAAAUACAACCCAGCACCACACAGUUUAGAAACCACAGGGAAGUUCCAUUCAGCCAGUCCAUGUGUGGGUAUCCCCAACGGACCUGUCACAAAGACCCAGCCUCAGACCUUCCUCAGUGCUACAAAGACUCACGUUGAGGCAUGCGGAUCAUGUGCCCACUGCCAGGAAGAGCACAAGGUGUGUGUCACAACCAGAAACUCAGCAGAGCCACCUGAACCGUCGGGGACAGAGGAGAUGGGGAAUGGGUUCUGUUCAAUCAUGUCUUCCGUGGAGGCUGGACAUCCUUUUGAGGUGGGACUUCCUGUAGAGGUGGGACUUCCUCCCUUGCUAGACACCCGUGGGCCCAUACCUCUUUCCAACGCCCUGUCACCUGAUCUGUCUCUCUCACCAUCGCAAAACAGGAAGGGGAUCAACCAAUUGGAAUCCGAGUUAGCCUCACCGGUCCCAGCUCCUGGGCUGGGCGUUGAAGGAAUGACAGAGAUACGAACACAGAGCGUUAGUUCACGACCACCGAAGAAGGAUGCCGUUCAAACCCAAGGCCUAAUCCCUGAGCUCCAGGACCAGAGGGGCUCCAGCACAGAGACACCCAGGGACAGUGAGCACUCACCUGGGGAGAGUACGAGGGAUGAGGGCUGGCUGGGGGAAGGUUAUACCUCCGUAGAGCUCCAGCCUGCUUCUGCUCAUCCCAAGUCUGACGCUGUGGGGUGGAGUGAGGAAUGCCUGCCCACCCACCCACGCUCCCUCCCCCACAUAGACUGGCCGCCUCCCUCUGACAGGUCAGGAUCAGAAGACUCAGAACACUCACAGCUGUUAUCAAAGACCUCGACUAGAGAGGACAGGACAGGACCAACCCAUUCCCUGUCCGGGGUGAGAGAGGAGGAGGAAGAAGAAGAUUGUCAUGUUUACAGUCAACAGGAACAGGCGGUAGAAAGCACAUCCUGCCCUGAAUCAGCACGGCCAAACACUGUUAAAACAGCAGAGUUCUCUGACCAUACAGACACUGACUCUGAGCAUGUUGGGCUGUCAAGCACAGAGGAGACAGAGGAUGCUAUAUUCCCCUACAGUCCUACAGGAGUCUUCGUAGAGAUCACUAGUGAUCUGUAUGUUGAUCUCUGCACACAGGGUGUUUCUAGUGACAUAGGCCAAGGGUCAAACCAACCUACAGAGACUGAGCCUCUUCAGGGAGACAGCACAGAACCACCUGCCUUAGAUCAGGAGACUGUACCACUGAGGAGGAUAGAGAUAACUGUGGGAGCAGACCUUUCUGUUACCAUAGGAACAGACUCUCCUGUUGUCGUGGGAACAGACUCUCCUGUUAUCGUGGGAACAGACUCUCCUGUUGUCGAUGGAACAGACUCUCCUGUUGUCGUGGGAACAGACUCUCCUGUUGUCGUGGGAACAGACUCUCCUGUUAUCGUGGGAACAGACUCUCCUGUUGUCGUGGGAACAGACUCUCCUGUUAUCGUGGGAACAGACUCUCCUGUUAUCGUGGGAACAGACUCUCCUGUUGUCGUGGGAACAGACUCUCCUGUGUGUAAAGAACAAGUCCAUAGCCGCCGGGAUCACCUAGAGAUCCACCACAGGAUCCCUGAGCCUCCCUCUCCCUGCCCUGUGCCACCCUCAAUCCUUUCUCUGUCCUCCCUCUCUGACUCCAACAACCACACCAAGGCCAGUGAAAGGUUGUGUUCAGGGUCUCUCUGUACGAGGGGUCAGGUGCCAGAGCAGUGGACCUCUGAGGUAGAGAUAAAGGUAGCCCACCAGAGCAGGUCAAAGGAGUGUGGGGAUAAAACUGAUGGUGAGACCCCUUCCCUGACCGAGCCCGCAACGUUAACCUCAAAAUUCCUGGGGGAGACCAAUGAGACCCUGGACAGAGCUCUUGAAGACCCCCCUGAGGAUUCUGAGAAGUUCCUGUCCCUCGUGGACUACCACCCUUACUGGUGCAGUGAUGACUCAGCCGUGUCCUGGCUGGAGGAUGAGUAUCCCUUCAGCCUGGCUGAGGUGGAAGAGCUGGAGAGGCUUCAGAGAGAGGGUUACAGAGACGCCCCUAAUCAGAAACAUACAGACUGGAGAGGAGACAUCUCUAACCAUACAGACACUACAGACUGUAGAGGAGACAUCUCUAACCAUACAGACACUACAGACUGUAGAGGAGACAUCUCUAACCAUACAGACACUACAGACUGGAGAGGAGACAUCUCUAACCAUACAGACACUACAGACUGUAGAGGAGACAUCUCUAACCAUACAGACACUACAGGGUGUAGGGAGGCUAAUUGUGCUGCAAACAGUACCACAGGCCUCUCUGAACCCUUAUCUUCCUACCUGGAGACCAGAAGCCUGCUAUUGGACAGUGCAGAGAAGGAGAAGGGCCAGCAGCCCAUUCCCCACCAAUCCCCCAAGCCUCCCUGGGACAGAGACAGACAGGAGUGUAGCAACUCACCUGAGACUUUAGGAUUAGAGGACAGUUGGUUUACUGAGGAGGACAGCUCAUACAGAUCCUCCCUCCAGACCAGCUCUCACCCUACCCUCCUGCAGCAGGAUCGUGAGGUGAGGAUCGUGAGGUACCCCUAUCCCGGCGUCAGUCUCAACCUGCUCUCACUUACUAGCCUGGAAACCAUCCUAGAGGCUGAUCCCGACCACUCCCUGGACAACUCUGGGACAGUGGAAGAUGAGACUGGGGAUGAGGAGGAAGAUAAGGAGUGGAGAAAGAUUGUUAGGAUAAGGCCCACUGAGGAGGACAGAGGCACCGUUCUUCUGUCUGGUGACAUCAUCAUAUCCUAUGUGCCCACUUUCAGCACGUCUUCGUGUCGCCCUGAGGACUUGUCCAGUAUCGAGUCGUCAGAGCACCAGCUGGACUUGUCGACCUUUGACCCCGAUGACCCCAGGAUCAUGACCUUACCAAAUGACAGGGACGCCUCGGGAAGCGAGAGAUGCUCCAGUCCCACCCCCACCUCUGUGUCCUACGAUUUUGACACCACCAGCACUAACAGUGAGGAGACGGAAGAGUCCAUCCUGCCUGUCUCAGGGGGGAACGCCAACCUCCACAAACCCAUGAAGAGCAAGUCUAAAGGAGGCCGGGCGGGGAGCACCAAGAGCUCCAAGUUCUCUGUCUUCUCCAAGAUGCCUUCCUUCAGGAAGAAGAACAGUCUGAAGAACACCAAGGUGGACAGCUCGCCCCGGGACUCACCCGACCUGGGCCUGGGAAGGGAGCUGGGGGGAGACGCCUCAGACAACGACAGUGUCUUUUUGACGGUCCAGCAGUCCUUCUCCUCUGGUCCGGUGGGUUGCUACGAGACAGAGGAGGAGGACUACAGCUUCUUCCCCUCCACGCCUCGCACCCGCCACGUCCGCCUGCUCUUCAGGGAGGGGCCCAGCAACCCAGACACCCCUCUGACCUCCCAGCCCGGAGGUCUCAGACACAACCAGACUGGGGCCCCCGAGGGCCUGCACGGCUACAAGAGGAGCAAGAGCUCUGACAGCCUCAACCUCCGCAUGCGCUUCGCCCAGGCCCACAAGUCCCUAUCCAGCAUGUUUGAGUCUCGCUCCAUGGAUAAGGAGAACGAGGAGGAGCAGGGGAGCAUUGAGACAGGGAAUGAAGGGAAGGUGGGGCGGACCAAACAGUCCUGGAGGAGGCUGAGGGCCAAAGAGGCUGAGCUGGUGAGGAGGACCCUGUCUGUCCCGGUCGGGGAUGGGGUCGAGGGAGAGGACGGUGGGGGUUUGAGGACGCCCAGACAGAUCCACAGUGACUAUGCUUCCCGCUCGGCCUCAGUGCUCAGUGUCCCUGGGUCCCCCUCUUCUCUCAGGGCUCUGAAUCUCACCGACCACUUCACCAAGAGGCGCCUGCAGGACAGUCAAAGAAGGUCCGAGGCCAACACCCCACAGGGCUGCAAGUUAGAUAGCGAGAGGAGGCCAGGGAAAGUCCCGCCCAAAGACCUGUCAAUCAACUUCUCAGACUCCGGACCGCCAUAUUCACAAGACUCUGAGGCUCCGCCCGCAAAUGAAUCCAGCCCCCUGUCGCCCAUGAGCCCCGCCUCCCUGGCUGCAUUAGCCAAUCAGCUGUCCUGGUCCCCAGGGGGAGGCUAUGAGAGCACAGUGUCUAGCAUGGUAGCUACACCAGACACCCCAGUGAGACCCAUGAGCCCCAAGCCCCACAGCCCCAGACCUGCUGCCCAGCACAGGUCUAUCUGCUACUCCCCCACUGUCUCUGCCCGGGCCUCAGUCCUGUCCCUGCUCCUCAUGGGCCAGUCAGCCAGUGUAGAGGGCCUGUCUGACCCGCCAGAGAAGCCCAAGACCCUGAAGCCCCGAGCUGGGCCGUUAGACUCCUCCUCCCUCAGUCCAUUGGAGGAAAGAGAAGUGGACAGUCUGCUUACACCCAUGUUCUUCAAACAGUUUGAGACCAGUCAGGAUGGAUGUAGACCCUGCAGCCAGACAGGAGGAGGAGGGAAGAGGCUAUCAGAGCUGAAGACUCCUGGGCCUUCACCGGAUACUACUGCCUUAGCCCUCAGACCACCACGAGGCCACAGGCCGGACAGGGAUCCGAAACGCCACCGCUGCUGCUCAGAUGACCUGUGGAUCGAAGAGGAAACAAGACGGAAGCGGAAGCUGGCCCGAGUGAUGAGGGAAAGCCUGGGACAACUCAACACACACUGUCCUGAAGAGCUCGACAAAUCGCAUGCUUCAGUGUCCCUGUCGACCAUGGAGGCAUUCUCUGGGAUGAUCCUGAAGUCCCACUGCUUCUCCCAGAGCACCCCCAUCGGUCUGGACUGUCUGGGCUGGAGACAACGCAUCUCCUACCCCUCGGUGAUAGUACCAGACGGGGGUGGAGAGAAGACCAGUCUGGGGCUGGGUGAUGAUCUAGGCAGUGACGAGGACCUGUAUGAAGAGUUCCGCAGCUCCAGACAUCACUUUGGACACCCAGGGGGAGGUGGGGAACAACUGGCCAUAAAUGAGCUGAUUAGCGAUGGCAGCUGUGUGUACGCCGAGGCGCUGUGGGACCAUGUCACUAUGGACGACCAGGAGCUGGGCUUCAAGGCGGGGGAUGUCAUCGAGGUAGUGGAUGCCACUAACAAAGAGUGGUGGUGGGGACGCAUUCUGGACAGUGAGGGCUGGUUCCCAGCCAGCUUCGUCCGGUUGCGUGUGAACCAGGAUGAGCCUAUGGAGGAGUACCUAGCCCAGCUGGAGAAGCCUGGGGCUGGGGAGAAUGACCAGCCAGGCGUGGGCCUGUUUCUGGGACCAGGCCUGCCUUGUAAGGAACAGAUGAGGACUAAUGUCAUCAAUGAGAUCAUGAUCACAGAGAGAGACUACAUCAAACACCUCAAAGACAUCUGUGAGGGUUACAUCAAGCAGUGUCGUAAGAGGAUAGACAUGUUCACAGAGGAGCAGCUGCUGUGUAUCUUCGGAAACAUCGAGGACAUCUACCGCUUCCAGAAAAAGUUUCUGAAAGGUCUGGAGAAACGGUUCAACAAGGAGCAGCCGCACCUCAGCGAGAUCGGAUCCUGCUUCCUGGAACAUCAAACAGACUUCCAGAUCUACUCGGAGUACUGUAACAACCACCCCAACGCCUGUGUGCAGUUGUCCAGGCGGAUGAAGACCAACAAGUACGUGUUCUUCUUCGAGGCUUGUCGUCUGCUGCAGAAGAUGAUUGACAUCUCGCUGGAUGGCUUCCUGCUCACGCCCGUCCAGAAGAUCUGCAAGUACCCUCUGCAGCUGGCCGAGCUACUGAAAUACACCAACCCACAGCACAGGGACUAUAGGGACGUGGAGGCUGCCUUGAACGCCAUGAAGAACGUGGCCAGGCUGAUCAACGAGAGGAAGCGACGCCUGGAGAACAUCGACAAGAUCGCCCAAUGGCAGCGCUCCAUAGAGGACUGGGAGGGAGAAGAUAUCCUGAGUAAAAGUUCAGAUCUGAUCUUCUCUGGAGAGCUGACGAAGAUCUCCCAGCCUCAGGCUAGGAGCCAGCAGCGCAUGUUCUUCCUCUUCGACCACCAGAUGGUCUACUGCAAAAAGGACCUCCUGCGCAGGGACAUGCUGUACUGUAAGGGUCGUAUGGACAUGGACCAGAUGGAGGUGGUGGAUGUGGAGGACGGGAAGGAGAAGGACUUCAACGUGUCGGUGAAGAACGCUCUGAAACUGCGCUCGCUGGCGGGGGACGAGGUCCACCUGCUGUGUGCCAAGAAGCCUGAGCAGAAACAACGCUGGCUCCGAGCCUUCCAGGACGAGAGGAGGCAGGUGCAGCACGACCGCGAGACAGGAUUCUCUAUCACUGAGGUCCAGAAGAAACAGGCCAUGCUCAACGCCUGCAAAAGCCAUCCUGCUGGGAAGCCCAAAGCGAUGACACGGCCCUAUUGUGACUUCCUGCUCCGUCAGAAGCAGCCAUCUCUGCCCAGCAGGGUUCCCCAGCAGCAGGUCUUCAUGCUGGCUGAGCCCAAACGAAAGGCAACCACCUUCUGGCAAAACAUCGGCAGACUGACGCCUUUCAAGAAGUGAACCGCCAAAGGAGAGGAGAGCUCUCUGCUCGUGCCUCAACUUAACUUUUUUUUAUGCCAGAUGCUCUUUUUUACUAUUAUAUAUAUAUAUAUACUUAAUCCUAUCCUAAUUCAUAUACUGAUAUCGUGAAAGAUUAUUACGAUGAUAUUUUUUUCUUUGGAGAAAGCACUUUAUAGGUUGGUUCCAAUUAGAGGUGGGAAUGGUUCUUCUGGACAUAGUGUGUACAUAUACACGAGGACUAUUAUUCCUGCUACUGCAACCGACAACCGAUUGGUUCCACUACUGCUGCGUGAUCAUGUGACUGACUGCCAGUGAGGAUCCUCUUUAUGAAAGACGUUGACUGGCGGCAGCAAAAUGUGACAUCCCCCCCCAAUUGUUUUUGUUUUCCGACUAAAUGCCAACUGUUCACAAUACCAGGAAACAUGUUACUUUUGCAUUUAAGUUUCUUUCUGGAAAAAAAAGGUGAAAAAUUGUGAUAAAGGUUUAUUGUACUUCUUUUUACUGUACAAAAAAAAAUGUUUUCCUGGUUUAUUUUAAUUAUUUAAGAGUCCAUAGUUCACAAGCUUUACCUUUGAACUUUCCCAAACUCGGUCCUCUGGACUCCAAGGGGUGCACAUUUUGGUUUUUGCCCCUCACACUACACAGCUGAUUCAAAUGGUCAAAGCUUGAUGAUUAACAAAAACUAAACAUGUACCCCUUGAGGACUGAGUUUGGGAUCCCCGCCUUACCCUGUGCGUAAUUAACUUCUUUAUGGAAGUGCCAUCUGAAGAGUGUACGGAUGCUUUGAAACACACAGUAUGAAGAGUACUGUUUUACCUUUAUAAACCCCUACAUUUACAUUCAUUUAGCAACACAUUUUCGGAUUCUACAUGUACGGUAUUCUCAAAAUGAAGCUGGAUUGAAGAGGUUCAACUGCACCUUUGUUCCCCAUUGGAACGCUGUCUGUCUGUGACACCUUUCAGAAGGGUUCAUUUUCAGGUGAAUAUUCAGGGUUUCUGGCAAGACAAAGUUGUCUGUUGUGGCAAAAAAAUAAAUACGUGUUCACGUUGAUGAG